GCUGCAUAGAACAUAUUAUUGUAUUUUUUGGGGUUGAUUUCCCCUUCUCCAGGGAUUGUGACGGAUUUCUUUGCGUGAACUGUUUUGCUAGUCCACUGCUCUCAGACUACACUACCCGUGAUGCUUUGAGGCGCGGCAGCAGCUGUGCACUCCGGCUCGCCCGCAGCAAUGAAAUAACACGGUAGGAAAAGGUACAAUGAGAAAGCGUUGACUUUCACAAAUUUUCUCCAGCUCUUUUGCGAGUGAUGCCCGCAUCUGUGGAGUGACGUCAUGGCUGUCGAAGCUGUUCACUGUAACUUGAGCCACAAUGGCAUCGACCACCAGAUGUACCCAGAAGACGUUGAAUCCCAGCUGGAUGAAGAGGAGGAGUCUGUCGAUGGCCCACCGGUGUUGGUAGAUGACGACAGCCCGGGCUACCAUGACUUAAGCCCGUCCGUCUUUCAGCGCCGUUUGCCACCAUAUCGCUCAGUGUCAGAGUCUGAGCUCACACGGCCCGGCCAUGUGAAACUGUCCAAACCGGUCGCCCUGUGGACCCAACAGGACGUUUGCAAGUGGCUGAAGAAACACUGCCCCAAUCAACAUCAGAUCUACAGUGACUCCUUCAAACAACACGACAUCACAGGGCGAUCUCUCAUGAGACUGACAGACCGAAAGCUGGAGAGAAUGGGCAUCAUGCAAGAAGCCGAGAGGCAGAACAUCCUGCAGCAAGUCCUGCAGCUCCGCGUCCGGGAGGAAGUUCGGACCCUUCAACUCCUCACACAAGGCUCCCUGGAAUGCGCCCCACCUUCACCAUAAACCGACGGCGUAUCGACAGAGGUACGCAAAUGACCACCGCCGUGGCAACCUAAAACCAGACCACCUGUUUGUGAUUCCCGGACCUCUUGGUGGACUUUGUGCAGCUCUUGUGUCGAUUCAUCCAUGGCAAGAUUGGAAACAAUCUCAUUCUUCCUGAAAAUCCUCCCCCACGAGUUCAAAUGUGAUCUUUUCCUUGCAAACCAAACAACCGCGCCGGCAUUCUGGAAUCUGACCAAGAGUUUCCAAUUCGAUCCAACAAACAUCACCAGGUAGUUCGAAAAAAAAAAAAAUCGACAUUUACAACGCAAUGAGAGCUAAAAUUAUUCCUAGAAAGAAAUCAGUUUUCAGGAAGGUUGCAUCUCUCGCGAGCGCACGGUAUUUUAUAUAUUGUUGCUGGCCGUAAUUCAUCCCCAAAAGGCGAUUUUGCUCUUACAGUAACACUUUCAAACCACUUCUUCAAACUGUCACUCAAACUUCACGGUAGCACUUGAAGGUUUUAUGUUUCUCCCCCGUGGGAAGGCUGGUCCUAAUCCAACUUAGGGCUUUUGUGAAGUGGCAAGACAAUUACUGCUCAUAAAUCCUCCAUUCGUCGUCUAAUUCUAUCCUAAUAACCGCGAAAAAGCGAGACACACUUUGCACACCCUUGUCCGUGUGUCCUGCUCGUUCAAUCUGUGCGUACGGUAGACGCCGUCGUGUCAAUAGUAUGACAAUGCCCCCAUCUUGCACUAUUUAUUUUAUGCACUCCCCCCCCCUACAAAAAAAAUGGACAUUUAAAUGAAGGAUUUUGGAAAAUAAAAAGCAUGAAGUAGAAAGGACCAUGAGAAGGAAUCUCCCGAGGAAUCCCCGUCCAAGUUGGUAAACAGCUUUGACAACGAACUAAAUGUUAUGACUGAAGCUGAACCGAGAUGCUCUGACGAGGAGACAAAAAAAAAA